AGCCAGGGAUACGUGGAAAGGAACCACACUAAAUAAGUAGUGGAACCAUUGAAAUGUAUAUAAUCUAAACCAAAGCCAUUUUGGAGGGGACACAUAUCAACGUCACACAGACCAUUCAUCCGGCAUUUGCGUUUGCUUGGGUUGUUUUGGUCGAAUACCAGAGAGUCCACAGAGGAGGAAAGUCCCCUUCCUGUCAGUCCACCAUGGCGGACAUCAAGAACUUCCUCUAUGCCUGGUGUGGGAAGAAGAAACUGACUCCAAGCUACGAUAUUCAAGCUGCAGGAAACAAAAUCAGGCAGAAGUUUAAGUGUGAGGUUCGUGUUGAUGGCUUCAACUACACAGGGAUGGGGAACUCCACCAACAAGAAGGAUGCUCAGACCAACGCAGCCCGGGAUUUUGUCAAUUAUCUGGUCCGAAUUGGACAAAUGAGUGCAGCUGAGGUUCCUGCUCUUGGGGUUGGAGCUCUUGAAGGUGAUCAGCCUGAUGGGAAUGGGGGAGGAGGUGUUGGAAACCUUCCUCCCAGCGGCCCUCUGCCUCCUCAUCUUGUUGUAAAACAGGAACAAGGUGAAGGAGGUGCCAGUGGGCCGGUGCCAAAUGUUAUGGGUCAGGGUUACUCAGGAGGGGGAAACUUUGGAAGAGAAGGAGGAGCUCAGUGGGAGCGAGGAGCCAACCUGAUGGAGUACUAUGCAAAGAAGGAGGAACAGGAGGCACAGGCGACUCUGGAGUCGGAGGAGGUGGAUCUGAAUGCCAAUCUCCACGGUAACUGGACCCUGGAGAACGCCAAAGCCCGUCUGAACCAGUUCUUCCAGAAGGAGAAAACCAGUGCUGAGUAUAAGUACAGCCAAGUGGGACCGGACCACAACAGGAGCUUCAUCGCGGAGAUGCAGUUGUUUGUCAGGCAGCUCGGCAGAAAGAUCACAGCUCGAGAACAUGGCUCCAACAAGAAGCUUGCAGCUCAGUCAUGUGCUCUGUCCGUGGUCCGACAGCUGUUCCACCUGGGAGUUGUUGAGGCCUAUGCCGGGGUCACCAAGAAGAAGGAGGGAGAAACUCUGGCCGUGUAUGAGGUCAAUGUGUCUCCGGAGCUCCAGCAGCAGCUGGCCGCUGUCGUCCAGGACCUUGAAGUCCAGAUUCCUGCUCCGCCCUCGGAUCCCAGCUGCCCCGUGUCUCUGAUCCAGGGCAAGAUGGCCAUGUUUGAGCCCUCUCAGCGCCAGAGCGCCGCCGGUGUCGUCCCCUGGUCUCCACCUCAGGUCAACUGGAACCCAUGGACCAGCAGCAAUAUCGACGAGGGACCGCUGGCCUAUUGCACCCCUGAGCAGAUCAGUGGGGAUCUUCACCAAGAGCUGAUGUUCCAGCUGGAAAAUGACGAGAACCUACAGAAGAUCCUGUCAGAGCGUGAGCAGCUGCCCGUCAAAAGCUUUGAGGAGGAGAUCAUGGCAGCCAUCGACCACAACCCUGUAGUGAUCAUCAGAGGAGCGACUGGUUGCGGAAAAACCACACAGGUCCCUCAGUACAUCCUGGACAGCUUCAUCAAGGGGGGCCGAGCGUCAGACUGCAACAUCGUGGUUACCCAGCCCCGGCGGAUCAGCGCCGUGUCUGUGGCCGAACGAGUCGCCUACGAGAGAGGAGAGGAUCUUGCGAAAAGCUGCGGUUACAGCGUUCGUUUUGAGUCGAUGCUGCCCCGACCUCAUGCCAGCAUCCUCUUCUGCACCGUCGGUGUUCUGCUGAGGAAGCUUGAAGCGGGAAUCCGAGGAAUCAGUCACGUCAUCGUGGAUGAGAUCCAUGAGAGAGACAUCAAUACGGACUUCCUGAUGGUGGUUCUCAGAGAUGUGGUCCAAGCUUUCCCAGAGGUCCGCGUCGUUCUCAUGUCCGCCACCAUCGACACCUCCAUGUUCAGGGAAUAUUUCUUCAACUGCCCCGUCAUCGAGGUGUUCGGGCGCACCUUCCCCGUUCAGGAGUACUUCCUGGAGGAUUGUAUCCAGAUGACCAACUUUGUUCCUCCACCGAUGGACAGAAAGAAGAAGGACAAAGACGAGGAGGGAGGAGAUGACGAUACCAACUGUAACCUAAUCUGUGGGUCGGACUACACCGUGGAGACGAAGCGCUCCAUGGCUCAGAUCAACGAGAAGGAGACGUCCUUUGAGCUGGUGGAGGCUCUGCUGAAGUACAUAGAGACGCUGAAGGUAGCCGGCGCCGUUCUGGUCUUCCUACCGGGCUGGAACCUUAUCUACUCCAUGCAGAGACACCUGGAGUCCAACCCACACUUUGGAAGUAACCGGUACCGGAUCCUGCCGCUGCACUCUCAGAUUCCCAGAGAGGAGCAGAGAAGGGUGUUUGAACCGGUUCCAGACCACAUGACGAAGGUGAUUCUGUCCACCAACAUCGCAGAAACCAGCAUCACCAUCAACGAUGUCGUCUACGUCAUCGACUCUUGCAAACAGAAGGUGAAGCUCUUCACUUCCCACAACAACAUGACCAACUACGCCACCGUCUGGGCCUCUAAGACCAACCUGGAGCAGAGGAAGGGCCGAGCCGGCAGGGUCCGGCCCGGGUUCUGCUUCCACCUGUGCAGCCGGGCUCGAUUCGAUAAGCUGGAGACCCACAUGACUCCUGAGAUCUUCAGGACCCCGCUGCACGAAGUCGCUCUGAGCAUCAAGUUGCUGAGACUCGGCGCCAUCGGACACUUCCUGUCCAAGGCCAUUGAACCACCACCGCUGGAUGCCGUCAUUGAGGCAGAAUACACGCUCAGAGAGCUGGACGCUCUGGACUCCAACGAUGAGCUGACUCCUUUGGGUCGGAUUCUGGCUCGGCUGCCCAUCGAACCUCGGCUGGGGAAGAUGAUGAUCAUGGGCUGCAUCUUUUAUGUUGGAGAUGCCAUGUGCACCAUCUCAGCCGCCUCCUGUUUUCCGGAGCCGUUCAUCAGCGAUGGGAGACGCCUCGGAUUCGUCCACAGGAACUUUUCGGGGAACCGCUUCUCGGAUCACGUGGCGCUGCUGUCGGUCUUCCAGGCCUGGGACGACGUGAGAGUUAACGGAGAAGAGGCUGAAAAUCGCUUCUGUGAACACAAACGUCUCAACAUGUCCACCCUGAGGAUGACCUGGGAGGCCAAAGUCCAGCUGAAGGACAUCCUGGUGAACUCUGGAUUCCCUGAAGACUGUUUGAUGAACCAGAUGUUCAACACGGUGGGACCGGACAACAACCUGGACGUGGUGGUGUCCCUGCUGACCUUCGGCUCCUACCCCAACGUCUGCUACCACAAGGAGAAGAGGAAGAUCCUGACCACCGAGGGGCGCAACGCUCUCAUCCACAAGUCCUCCGUCAACUGUCCCUUCAGCAGCCAGGACAUCAAAUAUCCAUCCCCGUUCUUUGUCUUCAGUGAGAAGAUCCGAACCAGAGCCAUCUCGGCUAAAGGGAUGACUCUGGUGAGUCCGCUGCAGUUGUUGCUGUUCGCCUGCAAGAAGAUCAACUCCAGCGGGGAAAUGGUGGAGCUGGACGACUGGAUCAAACUGAAGAUUCCCCACGAGGUAGCGGGCGGUGUGGCGGUGCUGCGGGCCGGGCUGGAGGCUCUGGUGGUGGAAGUGACCAAAGACCCAGAAUACAUCAGCCAGAUGGAUCAGAGCAACCAGAACCUGCUCAAUGUCAUCAGACAGGUGUCCAAACCGUCCGCCGCUGGAAUCAACCUGAUGGCUGCAAACCAGAGGAUGGGAGACGGUCCUCGACCUCCGAAGAUGGCUCGCUUUGAUGGAGACAGGAGAGGAGGAUACCAGGGCGGAGGAUACCAGGCCGGAGGAGGAGGCAACAGGGGAGGAUACAGAGGGUAUAGGGGAGGAGGGGGUUAUGGAGGAGGAGGAGGAUACAGAGGAGGCGGUUACCGGGGGGGAGGAUACAGGGGAGGUAGUGGUUAUGGAGGAGGAGGAGGAGGAGGUUAUAGAGGAGGUGGGGGGUAUGGUGGAGGGUACAGAGGAGGUUAUAGAGGAGGGUACUAACAUCCUAGAAAUUAAAUCUUUUGUUUGUAAACAGGAAGUGAUGUCAGAGUUUCAGCAGGAAGUUGGAAAUGGAGUUGUUUUUGCAGAUUUGAUGAAAAUGUUCCAAAUAAAUGUUUCUCUGUGAUCUGAA